CAGACCCUCGCGCACGCGCACUCCUCAAGCCCGCGGGCAGGUCCCCACCCCUUCCGUUGCCACGCCCCAACCACGCCCCUCCAGGUACGCGUGCGCCGCGGGCCCGCCCCCGCCGCGCUCGGCGGUGCUCGGCGGUCUCUCGCGAGCUGCGGUCGCCUCUUCAGAGCAGCAGGCCGGCUGGAGCGAGCGGUCUCUCUCUCUUCCUCGCGCUCUUCCUCAGCGGCCCGGCCGGGCGGCCAUGGCGGCGCGGCGGCGGCCCGCGGCUGGCGUGGGAGCCCGGGACGCGCUCGCGGUGCUUGCGCUGGCCUUGUGUGCUCCCGGGGUGGGCGGCGGGGCACUCGAGUGGUACUCGGCCACGGUGAGCAUUGAGUACGUGGACCCGCAGUCGAACCUGACGGUGUGGAGCGUGACCGAGAGCGGCCGCUUCGGCGACAGCUCGCUCAGGGAGGAGAGGCAGGGCCUGGUGGGCGUCCCGCGCGCUCCCGCGGAUGCGGAGGGCUGCGCGCCCGACACGCGCUUCGUGGCGCCCGGCGCCCUCGGCAACGCGCCCUGGGUGGCGCUGGUGGCGCGAGGCGGCUGCACCUUCAAGGACAAGGUGCUGGCGGCGGCGCGGAGGAACGCCUCGGCCGUGGUGGUCUACAACCAGGAGCGCUACGGGAACGCCACCGAGCCCAUGUCCCACGCGGGAACAGGCAGCAUAGUCGUCAUCAUGAUUAGCUACCCAAAAGGACGGGAGAUUUCUGAUCUGGUGCAAAAAGGAAUUCCAGUGAAAAUGAGCAUAGAGAUUGGUAGUCGUCAUAUGCAGGAGUUCAUCAGCGGUCAGUCUGUGGUGUUUGUGGCCAUUGCCUUCAUCACGAUGAUGAUUAUCUCAUUAGCAUGGCUAAUAUUCUAUUAUAUACAGCGUUUCCUAUAUACUGGCUCACAGUUUGGAAGUCAGAAUCAUAGAAAGGAAACUAAGAAGGUUAUUGGCCAGCUUCCACUACACACUGUGAAGCAUGGAGAGAAGGGAAUCGAUGUUGAUGCUGAGAAUUGUGCAGUGUGUAUUGAAAGUAAAGUCAAAGAUGUUAUCAGAAUCCUGCCAUGCAAGCAUAUUUUUCAUAGAAUAUGCAUUGACCCAUGGCUUUUGGAUCACCGAACGUGUCCAAUGUGUAAACUUGAUGUCAUCAAAGCCCUGGGAUAUUGGGGGGACCCUGAAGAUGCACAGGACCUACCCAUCCCAGAAGCUGCCCCAGGAAGUGUUUCUGUUGGGAAUCUGAGUGUGACAGUCCAAGAUGAGGAGAGGAGUGAAAGCAACCUUCCAUCAUCUUCCUCAAGCGAGUUUGGGCCACACCGCCCUUGUCUUAAAGAAGAUGCAGAGGAGGACACAGCAUUGCUAGGAGCCGGCAGGAGUGACCCUCAGCAUGGAGGAUCCAUCUGCUAGUGCCGUCUUCACUGACAGCCUCACCGACAGAGCCUUGGCUUGAAUACAGGACACUCAGUUUUCACUCUAGGGCAUAGUUUGUACACUUGAAAACAGUGGAUUCUAUUUUACUUUACCUUUCAGAUUCAGGUUUGAUAUACAAAGGGCUGAGAUAUUUUAUUCCUAAAAGACUUUAAUUAGCCUUCAUCUAUUUAUCUACUAAAGUAUGACGUCUAUCAUAAAUUUUGUUGUAUCAAAUUGUCACAGAGGUAUGUGGAGGGGUUGUUUCUGAGAACUAGACUAGCUUCUGUGGUACUAUAAAACAAGAUUCCUUUUCUCGGGCCUUUUAGACAAAGCUCACUCAGUUGAAUUGUGAAAUGUAGUUCCUUAUUGAUCACAUGAACUUUCCAUGAAGCAGACUCUAGAACCUGAAAAGUGAGAAAUCUUGCCAUGGGCAGUGGUACACACCUGCAAACUCAGGAGGCCGAGGCAAGAGGAUCUUGACUUCAAGCCUACCCUGGGCUACGUAGCAAGACUGCUACGUAAGGGGAGAGAGAAAUCAGCUGUCUUGUACUAUAUUGUCUAUAGAGACUUUAGAACCAUGCAUACCUUUUUAUUAUGUGGGAUUGUGAAAAGAACACUAGAUGAUUUUAUGAUUUGCAUUUUUACCUUUAUUGCCUAAUUUCUUUUCACACUUGGAAAGAGAAGGGAAUUUAUCCAUGUUUUUCUAACUGGCAAAAAUGCCAUAUUGCAUGUUAAAAAGCAUUAAAAUAGUGAUUCAUUAAGAAAAUCAAGUAGGCAUACUGUAAUGUCUCUAAAUGAUUAGUAUAUUUUGGUGGAUUUAAUCUUUACAAUUAAAAAUAUGUAAUUAAAAGUUUGAUCUUGUUGUUAAACUAAAAUAACAUUUUCCUAAUGAGAUUUUAAGCCGAUUCAA